CAGUUGAAGACGAGCGCGUGAACAGAGCGCGUCGUAAAUGAAUUUUUAUUGAAGAAACAAUUAGUAUAAAUAAUGUUAUCCCAGUGGGGUAUUGUCAAGUCACAUUUGGAGAAUACUCUGUGAAAUUUUCGUGAAAAAAUAUAAAGAUUUGAGCCAGUGGCAGCAACUCUUGUCCGGCGCCUCGGAAAAAAAGCCUUUUGCGGUGGACAUCAGAGCUCAAGACUGGAUUAUUGAAAGAAUUCUUGGCGAUAAAACGCCAUGGCGAUAGAAAUUCCACGAUGUAUAGAAACCACGAUAUCAGCUCCACUGUUACAAUGGAGUUUCGAGGGCCUUCGAACAGCUUUAUCCGUCGGGUCAAUGGUUGGGUUUAUGGCAUUUUUAGAACUUCUGAUAAUGUUCAUGCGACCAGACAUCGUCGAUAGGGACAACAGAGUACACGUUGUGCCUCCGGAAGACAUGCUUAGCACUUAUGACUUUGUGAUAAUUGGUGGCGGAUCUGCAGGCGGUGUACUUGCCAACAGAUUAACAGAGAAUGCAGACUGGAAUGUUUUGCUACUGGAAGCUGGCAACGACGAAGGGGGCAUAUCUGAGAUACCCGCGAUGUUCCUUAAUAUUCAACGUACUUACAUGGACUGGGCGUUCAAGACUGAACCUUCAACUAACUAUUGCAAAGGCAUGAUUAACAAUCAGUGCAGUUGGCCCAGAGGCAAGGCACUUGGUGGUAGCAGUGCUAUCAAUUAUAUGCUAUAUGUACGGGCAAACCGUAAGGAUUACGACAUAUGGCGAGACCUGGGCAAUCCAGGAUGGGGAUACGAUGAUAUUUUGCCAUAUUUUAUAAAAGCAGAGAACAUCUCGAUUUCCGAUCUUCGUGAAUCACCUUAUCACGGAACCAAGGGCUAUCUCACCGUGGAAACUUACAAAUACAAGCAUCCGAUUGGAAGUUAUUUCAUGAAGGCCAUUCAGGAAAUGGGUUACGACGAAGUGGAUUCCAACGGAGAGACGCAAACUGGAGCUGCCUAUCCACAAGGCACUCUUCAAAAUGGCCUCAGAUGCAGCGUGGCGAAAGCUUACCUUCGCUCCAUAUCUAAUCGAUCAAAUCUUCACAUCAGCACAAAUUCAAUGGUUCAUAAGAUUUUGAUAAAUGAAACGACGAAAAAAGCUUACGGCGUCGAGUUUGUUCGAGAGAACGUAAGGUACACCGUUCGUGCUAAGAAUGAGGUGAUACUAUCUGCGGGUAGUGUACAAUCACCUCAGCUACUUAUGCUCUCAGGAAUUGGUCCCAAAAAGGAUCUAGAGGAGAUUGGAAUCCGCGUUAUUCUCGAUAGCCCUGGAGUUGGGCAAAAUCUUCAGGACCAUGUCGCACUCGGCGGACUUACCUACUUGAUUGAUCCACCAUAUAAUCUGUCAACAUCGACAUUUUCAGCUGCAGAACAGUUCUUGAUCCAACGUGAAGGUCCACUGUACGAUGCUUCACUGUCCGAAGUGCUGGCAUUUAUAAAUACAAGGUAUGCGAACAGUUCCGAGGAUUAUCCAGAUAUCCAAUUGUACUUCGGAUCAACGGCUGAUAAUUUGAAUAAAGCAGGUAUUGAGCACGGUUUCGGUGUGAGAACAGACUUCUACGACAGUUUGAAUGCAGAUAUCAUCGGUAAUGAUUCAUACGGUGUAAUACCAUUGUUAUUGCGCCCAAAGAGCAGAGGUUACAUCAAACUGAGAAAUAGUAAUAUUACAAGCCCUCCGAUUAUAGUUCCAAAUUACUUCGAUGACCCACAUGAUUUGGAUGUUUUGGCAGAAGGAGCCGUUGUUGUCUACAAUUUUAGCCAGACUCCGACUAUGAAGAAACUUAACGCCACAGCUAAUCCCAAUUUGAUUUCCGACUGUGCGCACUUAAAUUUUCCAUCUCACGACUAUUGGCGCUGCUACUCACGAUUCUAUUCGCUGACGAUUUACCAUCCAACUUCAACUUGUAAAAUGGGCCCUGAUGACGAUGGAAUGGCCGUAGUUGAUCCCCGCCUGCGAGUCCGCGGGGUGGAAGGUCUUCGAGUAGUGGACGCUUCAAUAAUGCCAAACAUAGUAUCUGGCAAUACCAACGCUCCAGUAAUUAUGAUCGCAGAAAAGGCAGCGGAUCUCAUUAAGGAAGAUUGGUGUGUUUAUCCACGUGCACGGAACCAAUCUGCCGAUUCCGACGCAAAUGGCAACUCCACAACAUAGUUCUCGACAGCGGCCACCGGAAUACGGGUACAGCUUGUCUAUUCGAUUUAGUCUUAGCCUAGCGCACAGAAAGAAAAGUGAUGUAAAAAAUAAAUCCCUACCUACAAAAAUCAAUAUUUGCUGCUUAUUUAAACGUAUACCGCAUAAAUCGAAAAGUCAAAUAUGUAUUUUUUAGCACGGUAUUGAUAAUUUCAAAUAACCCAUUCAUAAUUUCUCAUUUCACUUACGACUAAACGGAAUAGAGAAGCUGUAUCUAGUUUGGCGUGCCGGACCCUACCUGCCUUGACUGAGGGACCGAGGUAUUUAAAACCGAGUGGAACAUAGUCAAGACCUCUGCAGGGACCGCCAGACGUUACUACAGCGAAGCGAGAUACCGGCCGAGCAACUCUAACAUCGCAAGGUUCAUUCUUACCAACUGUUGCAUAAGAUUUUAGUUUGCGAGAUAUUGAAUGAAAUAAGAAACUUUCAAAUAUUCUCAUGUAUUUAAAUGUAUAAUAUUUGCAAAAUCAGACAGAUUUUUCAUUCAGAAUUGAACGUGAUUAGUAAAACUCUGAUAACUUGUCAGUUGAUCAAGUAGGGAUCGCUCGGAACUUUCAAGGCAAUCAUUUUAUCUUCGCUCAACCGGUAUGUCGCUCGACAAAGAUAAAACUGAACUUCAAUUCUGGUACGAGGUGGCAGCAUAUGGUUAGAAAGUGAAAAACUCAAUAAAUGCGAUAAGUGUCGUUCACGAUGAUUUCUGUUGUACUGCCAGUUGAGCUGCAGUACUGAACUGGAUUUGUUCGAGAAAUAAAAAUGGAUGAAACGCUUAAUUUAUUUCUCAAUAUAGAAAUUAAUUCUUAUCGCAGAUGCUAAAUGACUAUACUAUAAUAAAAACACUCAAUUAUGCAUGCUAUAAAAAUUCUGAAAUUGCGUUGAUAUAUAUUUUGUCAAAAUUAUCUUCUUCAAACCUAAGACUAGAUUAAUAAAUUUUUCAACACAUUCUCUACUAAUCGUCUAAUUGUAAGGUUGGGUGUUUUUUCAACUAUUCAGUUAUUUGCGACGAAUUGCAAACUGAUAACAAGUAUAUUUCCUUUAACCAUUAUCAAAAAGUGAGGAUUCUGUAGAGAAAAAAACAGCUCGAUAUUUUUCAUGAUAUUCAAAUCUUACAGUUUUAUUGUCGAUGUGACAAAGAAUCGUAUGUACGUCAAAUUCAGCUCAAUUGACAUGAACGCUAUGGCACACCAAUUGUAUUUCUUUCUUUUUUCUUAUUAAUAUCUACAAAUAGUAUUGCGGAGAAUCUCUCCUCAUAACUCACCUGCCUGGUCACGAAUAUCAUCUAAAUUUUUCUCUGUUAAAUAUAAUUAUAUGUGAUCUUAUCAUUUUAAAUUUACGCAGUUGUAUCGAUCAUAGCAGCAGCUGUUUAAUUGAUGUAUCUAAAAUUUUUACCGCUAUAUGUUUCUUAAAAUAAAUCAAUUCUUUACCUGCAAAA